AUGUCACGCUUUGCGACCGGGAAAGCUGACAAUACACUUACUUUCCUGUCAUUACCUCUCGAAAUCCGACUUAAUAUUUACCACUGGCUUCACCUUAUGUGUCCAGUUCGCCACGCACAGCUUGCACCAUGGUAUCCAACCCCAGUGCAUUGCCAAUACAUUCUCCAGACAGUUGAUACAGACACUGCAACUAAAGAGGAUAAAACGAAUCGAGACGAGCAAAAAGAUCUGGGGCUUCUGUCGCCAUACCGUCCCCUCUCUGGUCUUCCUACGAGCCUCCUUCGCACGAAUCGCCAGAUUUACAGCGAAGCACGUCUUCUACCAUUCACGCAGAAUGAGUUUGUCUUUGUAAACUGGUUCGCCUCAGGCCUCUGGGCCGCCCGUGCCUUUACUCGAGCCCUAGCUCCAUGGCAGCGAGGUUCUCUCCGCUAUGUUCGACUAGAAGUACUUGCACGAGACGUAGUGGUCGGAGGCGCAGGCCGUGAGGAAUGGCGCGCCUUGUGCACUGAAUGGGCAUCAGGAGUCAGAGGACUUCGGAUGAAGAUGGUUCUCGGAGCGAGUACUUCGGUAGUGACGGGCCCAGCGUUCGGAGGCGGAGUGGGGCGUAGGGCCGAAGCAGCACGGCGAUGGGUCGGAGAGGGGCUUGCCCUGAUGGAACGACUGGAGAGGGUUGAGAUGGAGGUUGUGGCGAGGGAGAUGAGCGAUGUGGACAAACUUGAGUGGUGUGAGACGCUGCAAACAGAGUUGAGGGAGGCAGGACUGGGAAGGAUUGUGGUUGUGUGUACUGAAAAGGUACAGGAGAAGAUGGAAUGGAUCAAGAGUGAUGUUGGGUGGAGAAACCCAGAGACUGAAGUCGGAGCUGUCACGACGGCUAUGGCAAACAAUUUGAUAGCGGAGAGGGCUACGAGAUCUCGCGCGUAG